AGCCAUGGUGGUGUGUCUGACUGGACUAUGGAGGUAUCGGAAUUACCUGAUCAUAUUCCUCAUCCCUCUGUUGAUUCUACCUUUACCCCUAAUAGUUGGGGGACCGGAGGCUAGUUGUGGCUUUGUAAUCAUCCUGAUGGCCCUGUACUGGUGUACAGAGUGUAUGCCUCUGGCUGUGACCGGUCUGCUGCCUGUCAUCCUCUUCCCUAUGAUGGGCAUCAUGGAGUCAAGCGAGGUGUGUAACCAGUACAUGAAGGACUCUAACAUGCUGUUCAUCGGAGGGCUGUUGGUGGCUAUAGCUGUGGAAUACUGGAACCUUCACAAACGCAUCGCCCUCAGAGUACUGCUCCUAGUAGGGGUGAGGCCUGCUCUUCUGAUGAUGGGCUUCAUGGGCACCACAGCCUUCCUGUCCAUGUGGAUCAGUAACACAGCCUCCACUGCCAUGAUGCUGCCCAUCGCUAACGCCGUGCUGAAGCAGCUGUGUGACACUGAGGCCCAGGCAGAGGAGAGGGAGAUGGACCUGAUGGCCAUCAGGGGGGGCGGGACUGGGACUGGGGUACCUAAGGGCCAGGAAAACCAGGCCUUUGAGAUGGGUGACAAGGAAAAAAGUAUUACCAUAGUUGCUGCUAAAUAUACAAAGGAUGUCAAGCCCAGGGAGAAUGGGGUCAAGUUAGAGCCCGAGCCAGAGGUGGAGGAGUGCCUGGAGGUAAGGGAGAGGAGGCUGAAGAGGGAGGCUAAGUACCUGAACCUGGAUAAAGGUAUGAGUCUCAGUGUGUGUUACGCUGCCAGCAUCGGAGGAACAGCCACCCUCACUGGCACCACCCCGAACCUCAUCCUCAAGGGACAGGUCGACGAGCUGUUCCCAGGAAAUGGAGACAUCAUCAACUUUGCCAGCUGGUUUGGUUUCUCCUUCCCCAACAUGGUUCUGAUGCUGAUCAUCUCCUGGCUGUGGCUGCAGUUUAUGUACCUGGGCUGCAACAUGAAGAAGUCGUUUGGCUGCGGGAUGAAUAAAGAUGGUGACAAGGAGGCGUACGGGGUGAUGAAGAAUGAGUAUAAGAAGCUGGGCAGUAUGUGCUUCGCUGAGGGCUGUGUUCUGGUGCUGUUUGUUCUGCUGGUCCUGCUCUGGUUCACCAGAGAACCAGGCUUCAUGCCCGGCUGGGCCACUGUGCUCUUCAACAAGGACAGACCGUACGUCACCGAUGGCACGGUGGCCAUCCUGAUGUCAACACUGUUCUUUAUGAUCCCAGCCCAACUACCCAGAUGUGGCGGGUACUCUGAGGAUGGAAAGCCACUGAAGGCCCCUCCCACCCUGCUGAACUGGGACGUGGUCCAAGAGAAGAUGCCGUGGAACAUUCUCCUGCUACUGGGAGGAGGCUUCGCUCUGGCCCGGGGAAGCGAGGUGUCUGGUCUGUCUCAGUGGCUAGGAGAAAGUCUGGCCCCCCUGCAGUCCAUCCCUCCCUUUGCCAUUUCCUUCCUCCUGUGUCUACUCACCGCCACAUUCACUGAGUGCUCCAGUAAUGUAGCUACUACCACACUGUUCCUGCCUAUACUGGCCUCUAUGGCCGUAGCCAUUAAGCUCCACCCACUGUACGUCAUGCUGCCCUGCACCAUCUGUGCCUCGCUGGCCUUCAUGUUGCCGGUGGCCACGCCCCCUAAUGCCAUCGCCUUCUCUUAUGGCAACCUCAAAGUCAUGGACAUGGCGAAGGCUGGAUUUGUUCUGAACAUUGUUGGUGUCAUCACCAUCAACAUCGCACUGAACACCUGGGGAGCAGCCAUGUUCAAUCUCAACACCUUCCCUGACUGGGCCAAUGUUACCACCAUACACACUCCCUGAUCUGGAGACACUGGCAAGGAAGGAGGGAAGGAGGGAAGGAGGG